AUGGUAGUGCGUAAUUACCGGUCAUACUUCUCAUGUCGUCAUGCACUCUUCAAGCCAUUGAUGAACGCUGUACGUCGUGUGAUAAGCACACCAAACUCUGCGAUGGAUGGCGUAAUGACCAGAAAACUGGCAUUGGAUAUGUGCGAGAUGGUCAUCAAAUGGGAGUUGCUGCGUUUGCAGAAGGUUGAGCAAUUAACACAAGGCCUUACAGCGCACGACGAUGAGUUCGAGUCACUGCUGAACGAUCAGGAGGGAUCACGACCUACAGCUCCCCCGUCAGGAGGUAUUCCCACAAGCAGUGCAGGAGGCGAUUUUGACGACCAGUUAUACAAACAAAUGUCAAAAGAAUGCGUAGAUGAAGUAGUAGCCAUGCUCCUGAAGUUUGCUAUACAGCCCACCACUGGCGUUCAGCCACACCAACUGCACCAGGCUACGGUAGAAAACGGAAAACGAAGUAUAGGUCUCAUGAAGCAGUGUCUCAAGUCCGCUGUCUGGGGAGACAUAGUGACCAUCAAAGUCGGAUGGCUUGAGAAAGAGUUAACAGUUCCGCCGGAGUCAUUAGUACGGCAGGAGAACCAGGCACAAUUCGCUCAGUCAAUAUCUCAGUCUCAGCAAGCUCUUGAAGUUGUGAUCAAUCUGGUGACAAUUAUGCCAAAACCGUUACUGCUUCAAACUGUCCGCCCUCUUCAAAGAGCGAUAAUAUCCUGUCUGAACUGUGGACACAGCACGCUGGUUCGCCUUGUCAACAUGCUUGUCUCUAAACUGUUUGAAAAAUCUAACUGUUCGAUGACUGGCAUGUACGAAUUCGAGAUCCUCAAUCAAUUUAUAUCGAAGUACUUGAACGACCAUUUCAAUUCCUACGUGAAGUCGUCGACAUGUAUGAUAAUGAACGCGUUCACGGCUUUGUCGUUGCUUCGAGUCAUCUGUACACAGCAGCCAGGAUACUUGGACGCGAUGUGUUUACAAGCAUACAUCAAGGUACUCGAGAAGGCUGUUAGGGAGCACAUAGGGCAUAUUACAGAACAAGGAGAAGCAACUAGAGAGAAAGGUAUGGCAACAGCUGAAAUGAUAGCGAUGGCUCUGGAGAUGUUGCGUCCACGUGUUGAGGCUAUAUCAGCAGAAGCGAAAAGGACUAUCUGUCAAAACGUCCUACUUCCUCUGAUUGAACGCUCUACUUUCGACAAAAUCAUCGACGCAAGGACUAGUAUUAUCUGGGAGCGUUUGUCUCCGUACUUCGUCGUUACAGCCAAUCGCGACAACUGUGCGAAUCCAGGUCUUCCCUUGCUUGUGCGUUUGCAGAGUGUGGUUGAAAAGCGAUACAGAACCAACGGCGAACUGAUGAAAAAUGUUCUUGAAAGUCGUGCUGUUUGUGUUCGAACAUCCACUUCUGCUUACCUCAGAUUACGCCGAAAAGACCGAGAAAUGCGUGAGAAGUUCCUUAUUGUGUUUGAACGGAAUUUGGCUAUUAAUCCAAUAGCCCGUUUAACGUACAUUCUCCGAGAGAAGUACUGGGAACCAUUCAAGGACUAUUUCUGGUUGCGCCAUGCAUUAUGGUUGCUGCUACGAUGCAUCCCUGCUUCAGUGUCGUCGGCGGCUGGACAUCGUCGUAUAUUCAUUGACAGUUCUGCUACCCUUUGGAGGACUAUGAAUGCAAAUAUGGAGACUGACGUUCACACCAUUUCAUCUACACUAUACAACGCCAAAAUUGAUACAGAUACUAAGGUAGAUGAAGAAGUGCCGAUGGAGACGGACCAAGAGGGCAGUGGAAAUGGAGAGUCAAAUAUGUCCUCUCGUAUGGACGUAUUGCUCGAGGAUCAAAAGAAUGACAUUGGGUUCAUUGGCGAUAUGUUCUCUCAUCUGUUCCACUCUCUGUGGAUUUCAAUGAGUGAAGAAGAACGAAAUUUCAUUGGAGGAUUGGCAGUGCCUUUUAUGACAUCGGGUGUGCAUGUGCAACAAGCUCAUGCUGUUCAUCCAGUGAUCAACAUUCUCCUGGAAACCUUCUCACAGUGUAAUCCACCAAUUCACAUUGAUGCUAAUGCGACUGAGUUCAUAUCUCGCUAUUACCACUCAUGGCAUCGUGGGAUUCUGUUGUUGGAAAAUCGGGCCCUUUGUAUACCACCCAUGCUCAGCACUACAGUUGUUAUGCAGCAGUCUCCUGAAGGGAUCGUCCAGGAAAACAUAGAUGUGUUGACCUGCCUCGGCUUGCUCUAUUCCGAACUUGCUGAGCAGGACCAAUAUGCUGCUGUGUGGAAUCGUCGUGCACUUACAAUGGAUACGAUCAAAAUGCUAGCUCUGCAACAGCUAGGUGACAUAGAGGAGGCAUUGGAUUAUGGACAGUCGGCUGCUCGUACUAUGCUUCAUAGGAUGGAAAAUCAGUUUGGAAAGAAUUCAGUUAACGAGGCCAAUUUCAUGGAAUACGAAUUCCUGGAUAAUGCCUACAUACAAUGUACGAAAGAAUUGUGCCGCUGGAGAGUAGUGUGUGAUAUAGCAAAGAGUUCUCAUGUCGAAAAUCCGGAACUCCUUUUCGAAGCUGCAGUUCAUCUUCCGGACUGGGGUCUUGCCAAGCAGUGCCGCGAUCAGAUCAUCGGCUGUGUACGCCCCGAAUUCGCCAUUCAAAGCACUACGUAUGGAGCAAUGCUGGCAAUUCUGGGUGAUCCGGAAGAUGUUCCUGCCACACAUCCAAAGAAAAUGGUGGAAGAAGUCACCCAAGCCUUAGUGGUAGGCUGGAGAGUUUUGCCUCCAAUUCUGACAUCGGCGCACACGAAACUCCUGCAACAAAUGACGAUGAUUCGUGAAGUGGGAGAUGUACUCGAUCUGAAAC